AUGCAAUCGGCGUCCAGCAUGCUGCCAACUCCCGACACCUCUCACGUACCCUAUGAGCGCGUUUAUGAGCCCUCAGAAGACUCCUUCCUGCUCCUCGACACCCUCUCCUCACCCGCUGAAAGGCAAUUCCUGCAAAAGGCCUUCUCAGACAGCGCGCCGCUCGUCGUCGAGAUCGGCACCGGCUCUGGCGUCGUCCUCGGCUUCGUCCACGCUCAUGCGCACACCCUGUUCGGAGACGACGCCCACGUCCUCACCGCAGGCGUCGAUAUCAACGCCUACGCUUGCCGCGCGACCGUCACGACGACCGCCAAGGCCCAGCGGGAUCACCCCGAGACCCAUGGCAUGUACCUCGGUUCCUGCAUGGGCGAUCUCGUCACGCCCUGGAGGGACAGCUGCGUCGACGUCUUAAUCUUCAAUCCGCCCUACGUCCCGACACCGGAUAUGCCACGACGGCCCGAGAGCUAUUUGGAUGUUCCCUCGGCGGACCGGAAGCCGUCGUUUGACGACGACUCGUACUUGCUCUCGUUAUCGUACGCCGGUGGCAAGGAUGGCAUGGAGACGACGGACCGCCUAGUGGCUUCCCUUCCGCGCAUCCUCUCACCGCGCGGGUGCGCCUACAUCCUGCUCUGUGCGCAGAACAAACCGGACGAGGUCAAGGACCGCAUACGGAGCUUUGGCCCCCAGUGGAGGGCCAUGACCGUCGGCUCAAGCGGAAAAACGGCCGGGUGGGAGAAGCUCCAGGUCGUGCGCGUCUCGCGAGCCACGUCAUAG